CGGAUCGAAAGAGGCAUUCGAAUAAUAACUUGAUCUUUAUGCCUGUCCAGAAGAAUCCACUCGGGCGUAACAGAAAGAAGCCCGUCGCCUGUCACCGAUGUCACACACAUAAGGUCAAAUGCUCCGGUGACCAGCCUUGCACUAGAUGCCGCCAAGCUGGAUGCGGGGAUGAGUGCCAAUAUACCUUACGCGAUCGGAAGCUCAAAGUUAACGAAAGUUAUAUCAACCAAAUUCUUUCUGAAAACUCCCAGUUGAAAGAACAGCUUCGCAAUCCAUAUACACCAAACCCUUCUCCAGCAAGCACUUCUGACACUGUCGUACUGCCGCCGGAAUCCUAUCCGUCUCUUCAAAAUCCACUUUUAGGAGAGCGGGCUUGGUUUUAUCCAUAUGAUUCGUCUGCUCCUCCCAUCUAUAUGGGGGAAGCUGCCUGCACGGCAUUUGCAACACGACUGCGACAGUUUUUAACACAGGAUCCUAAUACCGCCCAUGUUGCCCGGACUCAGUAUACGCCCGAGUCUUCACUGUUAGAGGGCGAAGCUCAAUGGCCUGGCCUCGCCCAAGCUCGUUUGCUAGUCAAAAUUGCCUUCAACCAACUUAGUCGUGUCUAUCACUUAUUCUUGCGCAAGUCUACACUUGAGCAGCUGGAAAAUGUGUACCGCCUACCUUCGCUGAGAGAUGAUCCAGCUUUAACCUGCAAGUUCUUCUCCCUUUUUGCGUUGGGCGAGGUGUACUCCCGGUCGAUUUCGUCACCGGGUAGCCGAGUGCCAGGGACAAGAUACUAUGUACGAGCAAUGGGUCUCAUACCAAUCUUACCAGAGAGGCCAGGAAUGAUACAUCUGGAGAGCUUACUACUCUUGUCAUUAUACUCUUAUUUCUUGAAUCGACGGCAUUCCGCCUAUAUGUUAAUUGGGAGUGCCAUGCGUCUAGGAUUGAUCUUAGGGCUAAACCAUAAUAUUCCUACUCGUCAAUGCACGGAUCCUAUCGAGCGUGAACAUCGUGUCCGGCUCUGGUGGGCUAUCUACAUCUUUGACCGCAUGUAUACAUCCAAGAUCGGCUUCCCUCUCCAGAUUCGUGACGAUGAUAUCCAUGUUGAUUUGCCAACGGAUGUCACUGCACCCGGCGCCGAAGAGCAAUUUUCAGAUACAGCAUAUCUGGUUUGCAGUAUCCGCUUGGCCCGUAUCAUUGGACAGAUCAUAGAGAAGAUAUACAGCCGGAGGCCACACCAAGAGUCAUUUCUACAACGGGAGCAGCAGUUGCUACUCGCAUUGCAGGACUGGGUUCAAUCUCUGCCAGCGCAUACCAAACUACCAGUGGAAGGGUCGCCUCCAAAGCAUGUUGUGUCUCUCCACUUGCAAUUCAACCAGUGUGUCAUAUUAGCGACUCGCCCCAUACUUCUCCACGCCUUGUUCCAACAACGCGCCCAACGCGAAAACCAUGAAGAUACCCCACAGGCAGUUAUCACAUUGAGUGAAGCAUGCAUUCACGCUGCCCGGCAUUCUCACGUCCUUAUAAUCGAGGAGUGGGUCAAUGGGUCACUACCUAUGUAUGGGUACUUUUACGCACAGUAUCUCUUCGCCUCUGCUAUUAUUCUUGUGAUGUCAGGACUUCUGCCCUCUAUCGGAACCGCUGCCGAUUUAGAGUCCCUCGAAACAGCUAUAGAGAUCCUUCAUCGAAUGAGAGACCAUGGCAACCUUGCAGCAGCGGAAUUUUACGAAAAUCUGAAGCGAGUAAAGCAAUGCUUACGAAGUUGCUCUGGAAGUAUAGGUAUGCACCAUGACGCUCGCAGAUUUACACAGGAAAAAUCUCACCAUGUAGUCGGCGAUGCUACACAUUUGGACCAGGCGCUAGAUCCUAGCAGCAUUACCCCGAUCCCUGUUCCGGGCCUCACCACUGAGAUGGCCUUUCUAGAACCUACGAUGCAGGACUUUCUUGGCCGGACAGACAAUGAGAUCGACUUUGUCCACCCGGAUGUAUUCUUAAUUGAAGAGUCGACUGGAAUAGAUGCCUGGCCGACUACAUUCUGGACAUCAUGAUAUUAUGCUUGGUCGGUACUGCAUUUCACCGGCCCAUUUCAAAAGAAAACUCGGAGAGCUAGCCCUUAGGAGGCGCGGCUCUAUAUAUAGUAUUCAAUGAGCACUGUUUAGAACGGAACUGGUCGUACCUUACCAGGGUUGUCUAUAUCUUGCGAUAUCUACCGGAAACAAGGGACACAAGCAGUUCACAUACCUAACUAACGUUUGUACGGCUGUUGCGGUAAGAAGAGGCGCCAGGCUCAUGACCCUUGUCAAUACUAGACUAUGAGGCCAUUGCUCACAGAGUUACUGGUACGCAAACCCGGAAUAUCCUUAUCUAGACGGUGAUGAGUCAUGUCAUGACUUUUGUCAAUCAAGUACAACUUGCUUUAUGGUACCCUCUCUACAAGCCGCCCUUGUGCGCUUUUACCCAAUGCCACUUGAACAAACAGGAGGCACAAUAGGCCGAGCUUUGGAAGGCAAGAUGGGUUGACCCCUUCUCUGACAGCCGCUCCUCAAGUUUUCAUAGUACAUAAUUCAAUGCUAUAUUUCUCUUUCUCGAGUCCUAUGGUUCACUCCUUUUAGUCAAAGCAAUGGCAGCUGAGCUUAAUACAUUGAUAUAUAUCUUUAGGAAAUGUACGAUAGACUGCCUCAGCUUGUUUGCGCCGCCUUGAAGAUCAAUACAAAGAUAUAUACGAGUUACC